AUGUGGUCUCUCUACUUCCUCACAGCCCUUUUCACAAUCUCUCCCACCAUCGCAAAGAAAUCCUCCAAGCCCUGUCCAACCGUCACAACCACUGCAACUCUCUGCACAACCUGCGUUGUCCCCGCCUGUCUCACUAUCGAAACCAUCUCCUCCCAGCGAAACUGUCCCUCCAAGGUCCCAACCUCUGGCACAUCAUUCCCUUGCUCCAAAUCAAAGUGUCCCAGUGGCUGCGCAACUUCUUACACCUACGCUUCAGCCUAUGGAACUGUUACUAAGAAACCCAAGUGUCCUACUGUCACUGAAACAGCCACUAUUUGUUCUGACUGUAUUAGGCCGAUGUGUUUGACCUUGGAGACGGUGAGUUCAGUUUGCGGAUGCCCCGAGUUGCCUGCCACGGUUACGACCAGCUACCCUUGCGGUGAGGAUUGUCCUGUUGGAUGUGGGACGGAGUAUGUAACUCCUACUGUUACGCCAAAUUGUAAGAAGAACGAGGAUUAG